CUCAAGGGGUCUGGUCGAGUGUGGAGGGGGUCUGCAGCCACCCGGGGGGUCCCUGCGCCUCCUCUGCAAGGCCUCCGGCUUCACCUUCAGCAGCUACAGCAUGUUCUGGGUGCGACAGGCGCCCGCGAAGGGGCUUUAAUGGCAAGCCCAUAUUCUUCAUGGUGCCCAAAUCCCUUGCUUUUGGAGCACAGCCUACGCGCCGGCGGUGCAAGGGCGCUUCACCGCCUCCAGGGACAACUCCCAGAGCACGGUCACGCUGCAGAUGAACAGCCGCAGGGCCGACGACACGGCCACCUACUACUGCGCGAAAGGUGCUGGUGGUGGUGGUUGCACCGACCCCGGCACCGUGUCGCCGAAUCCCAGCCCCUUUGCGAAAUCCUUGCCCAAAAUCCCAGGUUUCGGCUCUGGCUUCAUCUCCAUCACCUCCAGCAUGGUCUCAGUGGACAACUCCCAGAGCACGGUCACGCUGCAGAUGAACAGCCUCAGGGCCGACGACACGGCCACCUACUACUGCGCGAAAGCUGCUCACAGUGGCCCCAGCCCCGUGCGCGGCUGGCAAAAAACCCUGCGUUGCCGGGCUGUUCCGUGGGAGAUGGAGGGCAGCGAUGCCUGGCAGCUCUCGGCCUUCUUCGCCGCGCUUGAACGGCUGCAGCUGCUGCGUCUGGGUUUUGCUUGGAGCCCGAACUCUGUGCGUGGAGCCUAG